UAAAUCAAUUACACAUAUCCUCAAAAUAAUAGUCGCAUAUAUUAGUGAGAAAUUGUGAGCUUCUUAAUCGAAUUUUAACAGAAAUGAAUUAUUUAGAUUUCAAGAGAUCUAACAAAAGUUUAUUAAUUGAUUUCGUGGAUGGUAAAAAGUAUAAAUGUUUAAAAAAAAUUAAAAGUGGGGGUUUUGGGGAAGUUUUCUUGGCACUAAAUAACCAAACUGAUGAGCCGGUAGCGAUUAAAAUAGAAAAUGGAAAAAAUCGUCACUUAAUGCUCGAAAAAGAAUUCAACCUUUAUCGUAAAUUGAGCGGUGGCAUUGGAUUUCCAAAAAUACUCUAUUUCGGUAAGGAAAAAAUUUAUAAUGUGUUAGUAAUGGACUUGUUGGGUCCCUCACUGGAAGAGUUGUUUAAUUUUUGUGAAAGAAAAUUUUCUUUGAAAACUAUACUUAUGAUUGGCAUUCAAUUAAUAGAUCGUAUUAAAUUUCUACAUUCCAAAAAUUAUAUACACCAGGACAUCAAGUCUGAUAACAUAUUAAUUGGACGUGAUGACAAAUCUACAUUAAUAUAUUUAGUAGAUUUUGGAUUAUGCCAACAAUAUCGCAAUCCUAAAACUGGUAAACACAUUCCAUGUAGCGCUGGCGAUCAUUUUUGUGGUACAUGGAACUUCGCCUCCAUAAAUGCAUUAAGGUGCAGAACGCAGUCGAGGCGUGAUGACUUAGAGGCAAUUGGAUAUUUACUUAUAUAUUUUCAUAGAGGCGCUUUACCAUGGGAUGGUGUGAGUGGCGAAACCGAUUUACAACAAUUUGAAAAAAUUGCAGAAAUAAAAAUGUCAACACAUGUAGAAGAACUGUGCUAUGAACUCCCUGAUGACUUCAUUGUUUACAUGCUGUACUGCCGAUCGCUUAAGUUUGAAAACGAUCCGGACUACGAUUUUUUGAAAAACUUGUUUAAUCGUACAUUUAUAUCGCAUGAUUUUAAUAUGGAUUUGCUAUUCGAUUGGACCCCGGAUAAAAAACAUUUCUCUAUGUGCAAACUGAACCAAUAUAGUUGCAAGCAUAAGACGCUUAAAGGUAAAAAAGGUGAAGCUAUAAAGGAUAUCAAUGUUGGUGCUAAGAAACGAAAACUUGACGAAAAUAAGAAGACAGAUGAUGAUAAUAAAGCAAGGAAGAAGCGCAAAAAGUAAAGAUAAGAACAGAAAUGAAAAUAGUAUAUAUUUAGGAAUUCUUUUAAAUUAUAUAAAUAUAAUAUUGAGGAUUAUCUACACAUCAGAUACGAAAUAAAAAAAACAGU